CCCAGAGAUUCGUUUUCGCUCUUUGGAUACAUGAUCUGGUCAAAUUCGCAAUGUCUUUGAAGGGAUGAAUGGUCCAAACUUUGAGAUAUUGUUCACCACCAAAAUAGGUAUGGGGACAGAGCUUGGACUUGGAUAACCCAGUCCCAAAUGAUUCGCGGAGCUCUUUACGAGGCUGAGCCCCAUAGUGGUUGCUUCUGCACGCGUCUUUGAGCUUUCAUGCGAGCACACGACAGGUCUGAGAGGAAGAGGAUACAGGCAGAGAGGCAUUCUUAUCGUCCUGACGCAAUACUGUCAGAGAAAAGCAAACGAGCAGCGAAUGCCGGAGGUUCAGGUUCAGCCCAGAUCAGCGACUGCUAUGCCUGUAGAAUUCUCCGAGUCUCCCGCGAGGGUUCUGCACGGUCGCCCACGCAGGCCCUGUCUGGACCCAAAACCCAAGGAAAAAAUGCCCCACAAGCCCCCCUACAGGGUACACAUUGGAGAGCGGGAAAACGAAAGGAUAGACCGCCGCGUGAAUAUUCUAGACGACACCAGUUCCAUCAAACUGAUGUCAAUGGUAAAGUUUGCUUGCGCGGAACGUUUCUUUGAUAAUAUACCCGCUUUUUACGUGAAUUGUAUUUCAUUUCAGCGUCUUCAUCUGACAUGUCCUCGUUGCGGCAUCUAUUUAGGUUUUCAAAAGACCGCUCUCUCACUACGUAACCUAUGCGAGAGGCGAGUCAACCCAUGCCACUGGAGAAUGGUCAAGUCGAGGGAAACGCGCCACGCGCCUCCUGAAUGCUACCCACUGCGGCUGUGAGUUCACCUGUACUUCCUCCAUUGAUGACUGCGCAGCGGAGUAGACAAGCCCAUCUCAUUGAGCGGGUGCAUCGACCUCAUUCACGAAGAAAGAGUGAGCGCCCAGAAAGUCCAACUUCCCCAAAGGC